CCGCCCGCGCAGCGCCAGGGGGAGGGGGCAGCGGCAACAAAUUGGGGAGCUCGGCCCGCCGCGCUCAGGUCUCCUCUUGGAGCCGCCGCACCCGGGACGGUGCGCAGCGCUGGAAGCCCGGCCUUCCGAGAGCGAGCUGCCCGCCGCGGCCCCCGCACGCCCGGCCUCCGUCCCCCGCCGUCCCCCGCCGCCUCGGGCGCGCCACCAUGGGGCCCCGGCUCGGCGUCUGGCUUCUGUUGCUGCCCGCCGCCCUUCUGCUCCACGAGGAGCGCAGCCGGGCCGCUGCGAAGGGAGGCUGUGCUGGCUCUGGCUGUGGUAAAUGUGACUGCCAUGGAGUGAAGGGACAGAAGGGUGAAAGAGGCCUCCCAGGGUUACAGGGUGUCAUCGGGUUUCCCGGAAUGCAAGGACCCGAGGGACCACAGGGACCACCUGGACAAAAGGGUGACACUGGAGAACCAGGACUACCCGGAACAAAAGGGACAAGAGGGCCCCCAGGAGCGUCUGGCUACCCUGGAAACCCAGGACUUCCCGGUAUUCCUGGCCAAGACGGCCCGCCAGGCCCCCCAGGUAUUCCAGGAUGCAACGGCACCAAGGGAGAGAGAGGGCCGCUCGGGCCCCCCGGCUUGCCUGGCUUCACUGGAAAUCCCGGACCACCAGGCUUACCAGGAAUGAAGGGUGAUCCAGGCGAGAUACUUGGCCAUGUGCCCGGGAUGCUGUUGAAAGGUGAACGAGGAUUUCCCGGACCCCCAGGACUGACGGGCCCACCAGGACUGCCAGGGCUUCCAGGCCCUGUUGGGCCUCCAGGAUUUACCGGACCACCAGGCCCCCCGGGUCCUCCCGGCCCUCCAGGUGAAAAGGGGCAAAUGGGCUUAAGUUUUCAAGGACCGAAAGGUGACAAGGGUGAUCAGGGGGUCAGUGGGCCUCCGGGAGUGCCAGGACAAGCUCAAGUUCAAGAAAAAGGAGACUAUGCCACCAAGGGAGAAAAGGGCCAAAAAGGUGAACCUGGAUUUCAAGGAAUGCCAGGGGUCGGAGAGAAAGGUGACCCCGGAAAACCCGGACCCAGAGGAAAACCUGGAAAAGACGGUGACAAAGGCGAGAAAGGGAGCCCUGGUUUUCCUGGCGAUCCCGGGUACCCAGGACUCGUAGGCCGCCAGGGCCCACAGGGAGAAAAAGGUGAAGCAGGUCCUCCCGGCCCACCUGGAAUUGUUAUAGGCACAGGACCUUUGGGAGAGAAAGGAGAGCGGGGCUACCCUGGGACUCCGGGGCCGAGAGGAGAGCCGGGCCCGAAAGGUUUCCCGGGAAUACAAGGCCAACCCGGACCUCCAGGCCUCCCGGUGCCUGGGCAGAUCGGUGCCCCUGGCUUCCCCGGAGAAAGAGGAGAAAAAGGUGAACGAGGAUUUCCGGGCCUAUCUCUGCCAGGACCCAGUGGAAGAGACGGGCUCCAGGGUCCUCCUGGCCUCCCCGGGCCUCCUGGGCAGCCUGGCUACACAAAUGGAAUUGUGGAAUGUCAGCCCGGACCUCCCGGUGACCAGGGUCCUCCUGGAAUUCCAGGGCAGCCAGGAUUGGCAGGUGAAAUUGGAGAGAAAGGUCAAAAAGGAGAGAGUUGCCUUAUCUGUGAUACAGCAGGUUAUCGGGGCCCUCCUGGGCCACAGGGACCCCCAGGAGAAAUAGGUUUCCCAGGGCAGCCAGGGGCCAAGGGCGACAGAGGUUUGCCUGGCAGAGACGGUCUUGCGGGAGUGCCUGGGCCUCAAGGUACACCAGGUCUGAUAGGCCAGCCAGGAGCCAAGGGGGAGCCUGGUGAGAUUUAUUUCGACCUGCGGCUCAAAGGUGACAAAGGAGACCCAGGCUUUCCAGGACAGCCUGGUGUGCCAGGGAGAGCGGGUUCUCCUGGAAGAGAUGGCCAUCCGGGUCUUCCUGGCCCCAAGGGCUCGCCGGGUUCCGUGGGAUUGAAAGGAGAGCGUGGCCCCCCUGGAGGGGUUGGAUUUCCAGGCAGUCGUGGUGACACCGGCCCCCCUGGGCCCCCAGGAUAUGGUCCUGCUGGUCCCAUUGGUGACAAAGGAGAAGCAGGCUUUCCUGGAGGUCCUGGGUCCCCAGGCCUGCCAGGUCCAAAGGGUGAAGCAGGCAAAGUUGUUCCUUUACCAGGACCCCCUGGCGCAGAAGGACUGCCAGGCUCCCCAGGAUUCCCAGGUCCCCAAGGAGACCGAGGCUUUCCUGGAACCCCAGGAAGGCCAGGCCUGCCAGGAGAGAAGGGCACCAUGGGCCAGCCGGGGAUUGGAUUUCCAGGGCCCCCCGGCCCCAAAGGUGUUGACGGCUUACCUGGAGACAUGGGGCCUCCGGGGACUCCAGGUCGCCCGGGAUUUAAUGGCUUACCUGGGAACCCAGGUGUGCAGGGCCAGAAGGGAGAGCCUGGAGUGGGUCUACCGGGACUCAAAGGUUUGCCAGGUAUUCCCGGCAUUCCUGGCGCGCCCGGGGAGAAGGGAAGCGUUGGAGUACCAGGUGUUCCCGGAGAACGUGGAGCGAUCGGCCCCCCUGGGCUUCAGGGGGUCAGAGGUGACCCAGGACCUCCUGGAUUGCCAGGCCCCAUGGGGUCUCCAGGAGUUCCAGGAAGAGGCCCCCCGGGAGCGAGGGGCCCCCCUGGCGGACAGGGACCAGCAGGGUUGGCAGGCCCUCCUGGAAUAAAAGGCGAGAAGGGUUUCCCUGGAUUCCCUGGACUGGACAUGCCUGGCCCUAAAGGAGAUAAAGGGGCUCAAGGACUUCCCGGCAUAACAGGGCAGUCGGGGCUCCCUGGCCUUCCUGGACAGCAGGGGACUCCGGGGGUUCCUGGGUUUCCAGGUUCCAAGGGAGAAAUGGGUGUCAUGGGGACCCCUGGGCAGCCGGGCUCACCAGGACCAGUGGGCUCUCCAGGAUUACCGGGUGAAAAAGGGGACCAUGGCUUUCCAGGCUCCUCGGGACCCAGGGGAGACCCCGGCUUGAAAGGCGAUAAGGGUGAUGCUGGUCUCCCCGGCAAGCCUGGCUCCAUGGAUAAAGUGGACAUGGAAAACAUGAAGGGCGAGAAGGGAGACCAGGGAGAGAAAGGACAAAUUGGACCAAUUGGUGAGAAAGGAUCGCGAGGAGACCCUGGGAGCCCAGGAGUGCCUGGAAAGGAUGGGCAGGCGGGACAGCCCGGGCAGCCAGGACCUAAAGGUGAUCCAGGCAUAAGUGGAAUCCCAGGCUCUCCGGGACUUCCAGGACCAAAAGGAUCUGUUGGUGGCAUGGGCUUGCCAGGAACACCUGGAGAGAAAGGCGUGCCUGGCAUCCCUGGCCCACAAGGUGCCCCUGGCUUACCUGGAGAAAAAGGUGCAAAAGGAGAGAAAGGGCAGGCAGGCCCACCUGGCAUAGGCAUCCCCGGGCUGCCUGGUGUCAAGGGGGAUCAAGGGAUAGCGGGUUUCCCAGGAAGCCCUGGAGAGAAGGGAGAAAAAGGAAGCAUUGGGAUCCCAGGAGUGCCAGGAUCCCCAGGCCUUAAAGGGUCUCCUGGAAGUGUUGGCUAUCCAGGAAGCCCUGGGCUGCCUGGAGAAAAAGGUGACAAAGGCCUCCCAGGAUUGGAUGGCAUCCCCGGUGUCAAAGGAGAAGCAGGUCUUCCUGGGACGCCUGGCCCCACAGGCCCAGCUGGCCAGAAAGGGGAACCAGGCAGUGAUGGAAUCCCAGGGUCAGCAGGAGAGAAGGGUGAACCAGGUCUUCCAGGAAGAGGAUUCCCAGGCUUUCCAGGGGCCAAAGGAGACAAAGGUUCAAAGGGUGAGGUGGGUUUCCCAGGAUUAGCUGGGAGCCCAGGAAUUCCUGGAGCCAAAGGAGAGCAAGGAUUCAUGGGUCCUCCGGGGCCCCAGGGACAGCCAGGGUUACCAGGAUCCCCAGGCCACGCCAUGGAGGGGCCCAAAGGAGACCGUGGACCUCAGGGCCAGCCUGGCCUGCCAGGACUUCCGGGACCCAUGGGGCCUCCAGGGCUUCCUGGGAUUGAUGGAAUAAAAGGUGACAAAGGACACCCAGGCUGGCCAGGAGCACCCGGUGUCCCAGGGCCUAAGGGAGACCCUGGAUUCCAGGGCAUGCCUGGUAUCGGUGGCUCUCCAGGAAUCACAGGUUCUAAGGGCGAUAUGGGACCUCCAGGCAUUCAAGGCUUUCAAGGUGCAAAAGGGCUUCCUGGCCUCCAGGGAAUUAAAGGUGAUCAAGGAGACCAGGGUGUCCCAGGAGCUAAAGGUCUGCCGGGUCCUCCUGGCCCCCCAGGUCCUUAUGACAUUAUCAAAGGGGAGCCCGGACUCCCUGGUCCGGAGGGCCCCCCAGGGCUGAAAGGACUUCAGGGACCCCCAGGCCCGAAAGGCCAGCAAGGUGUGACAGGACUGGCGGGAAUACCUGGACCUCCCGGUAUUCCUGGGUUUGACGGUGCCCCUGGCCAGAAAGGAGAGAUGGGACCUGCCGGGCCGACUGGUCCAAGAGGAUUUCCAGGUCCACCAGGCCCCGACGGGUUGCCAGGAUCCAUGGGGCCCCCAGGCACCCCAUCUGUUGAUCACGGCUUCCUUGUGACCAGACACAGUCAAACAAUAGAUGACCCACAGUGUCCUUCAGGGACCAAAAUUCUUUACCAUGGGUACUCUCUGCUCUACGUGCAAGGCAAUGAACGGGCCCAUGGCCAGGACUUGGGCACGGCCGGCAGCUGUCUGCGCAAGUUCAGCACCAUGCCCUUCCUGUUCUGCAACAUCAACAACGUGUGCAACUUCGCGUCACGGAACGACUACUCGUACUGGCUGUCCACUCCUGAGCCCAUGCCCAUGUCAAUGGCACCCAUCACGGGGGACAACAUAAGACCGUUUAUUAGUAGGUGUGCUGUGUGUGAGGCGCCCGCCAUGGUGAUGGCCGUGCACAGUCAGACCAUUCAGAUCCCUCCGUGCCCCAGCGGGUGGUCCUCGCUGUGGAUCGGCUACUCUUUUGUGAUGCACACCAGCGCAGGUGCAGAAGGCUCUGGCCAGGCCCUGGCAUCCCCUGGCUCCUGUCUGGAGGAGUUUAGAAGUGCGCCAUUCAUCGAGUGUCACGGCCGUGGGACCUGUAAUUACUACGCAAACGCUUACAGCUUUUGGCUCGCCACCAUAGAGAGAAGCGAGAUGUUCAAGAAGCCUACGCCGUCCACCUUGAAGGCAGGGGAGCUGCGCACGCACGUCAGCCGUUGCCAAGUCUGUAUGCGAAGAACAUAAUGAAGCCUGACUCAGCUAAUGUCACAACAUGGUGCUACUUCUUCUUCUUUUUGUUAACAGCAACAAAUCCUAGAAAUAUAUCCUGUGUACCUCACUGUCCAAUAUGAAAACCGCAAAGUGCCUUAUAGGAAUUUGCAUAACUAACACACUCUGCUUCAUUGACCUCUACUUGCUGAAGGAGAAAAAGACAGCGAUAAGCUUUCAAUAGUGGCAUACCAAAUGGCACUUUUGAUGAAAUAAAAUAUCAAUCUGUUCUGCAAUCCAAUGCACUGAUGUGUGAAGUGAGAACUCCAUCAGAAAACCAAAGGGUGCUAGGAGGUGUGGCUGCCUUCCAUACUGUUUGCCCAUUUUCAUUCUUGUAUUAUAAUUAAUUUUCUACCCCCAGAGAUAAAUGUUUGUUUAUAUCACUGUCUAGCUGUUUCAAAAUUGAGAUCCCUUGGUCUGUACAAAUAAUAGCAAUGUAAAAAUGGUUUUUUGAAUCUCCAAAUGGAAUUACAGACUCAGUAGCCAUGUUUUCCAACCCCUAAAUAUAAAUUUCUGUCUUUCUGCUAUGUGUGGUACUAUGCAGCUGCUUUUGCAGAAAUCACAACUUUCCUGUGGAAUAAAGAUGGUCCAAAAAUAGUCGAAAAUUAAAUAUAUAUAUAUAUAUAUAUAUUAGUAAUUUAUAUAGAUGUCAACAAUUAGGCAGAUCAAGGUUUAGUUUAACUUCCACUGUUAAAAUAAAGCUUACGUAGUUUUCUUCCUUUGAAAGACUGUGCUGUCCUUUAACAUAGUUUUUAAAGACUAGGAUAUUGAAUGUGAAACAUCUGUUUCCAUUGUUCACUUCUAAACCAAAAAUGAUGUAUUGCCAAAACCAAACCCGGGUUCAGGAAUAUGGUGUCUAUUAUAGUGAAACAUGUACUUUGAGCUUAUUGUUUUUAUUCUGUAUUAAAUAUUUUCAGGGUUUUAAACACUAAUCACAAACUGAAUGACUUGACUUCAAAAGCAACAACCUUAAAGGCCGUCAUUUCAUUGGUAUUCCUCCUUCUGCAUCCUGGCUUGAAAACCAGCUCUGUUGAAUCACAGUAUCAGUAUUUUUACACGUAGCACAUUCAGGCCAUUUCCGUGGUUUCUCAUGAGCUGUGUUCACAGACCUCAGCAGGGCAUCGGACGGACCGCAGGAGGGCAGAUUCGGACCACUAGUCCUGAAAUGACAUUUCACUAAAAGUCUCCAAAAACGUUUUUAAGACUACUAAGGCCUUUUAUGUAAUUUCUUUAAAUGUGUAUUUCUUAAGAAUUCAAAUUUGUAAUAAAACUAUUUGUCUAAAAAUUAAGCUUUUAUUAAUUUGUUGCUAGUAUUGCCACAGAAGCAUUAAAAGAAACUUAACUGCACCAGCUGCUAAUAAAUUUGUAAGCUUUGCA